AUGUCAAUUGUUCCGAUGAACCAGGGUGAGGGCAACCCCUCCAAUCCCUUCGCACUGUGGGAUCCUUUCCUCGAUUUUCCUCUCCCUCCUUCCAUCUCCAGCUUCUUCCCCGGUUUCGAAUUCGGAUCCGGGUCGUCGGUGAACACACGGGUCGACUGGACUGAGACACCCAGAGCGUACGUGUGGAAGGUGGCGCUUCCAGGCUUCACCAACGAAGACGUGCUGGUGGAGCUCCAAGACGAGAGGGUGCUGCAAGUGAGUGUGGAGAGUGGGAACUUCAUGACCAGAUUCAAGAUCCCCGACAACGCAAACCUCGAACAACUCAAAGCCAACAUGCGUCACGAGGUUCUCGUUGUCACUGUUCCCAAGCUUCACCGACUCCCUCCUGGUCCCGCUAACAGGAAUGUUAGGGUUGUUCAAAUUGACGGCACCGACUGA